AUGAUAAUUUAUACCUUAUUCACUGUAGCCUGCAAGCCUAAUCUAGAAACUUCUGCCGACUCGGAGAUACACCCCUGGUGGAGAGUUGAUCUUGAGGGUGAUCAUUGCAUCAGGACGAUUACAGUCAUCAAUAGGAUCUACUGUUGCAGCGAGCGUUUGGCUGGUGCCGUUGCUAGAGCAGGGCUGGACCCAAUCGUAACCAACAACACCAUAUGCGGGGAACCAGUGACGGCUGAACAGGCUGCACCACGUGGUGGCAUUAUUGAGUUUAAAUGUGACCCGCCGGUGAGGGCACGCUACGUCUUUGUAGACAUACCGAUAGACACGCCUGCAAUACUCAGUCUCUGUGAGGUAAUGGUGAAAGAAGUUUCCCUUGAAAUCUGUUCACCCUAAGAAGUGGUAACUAAAGCCACAAAUCACUAACACAACAUUUAGAGCAUACACGAGGUCACGAGUAAAACAAGGUCACGAAAAUACAAUGCUAAAAUACUUGUCGUCUCCUGAGAUGAGAUUAUUUUUCUAGACUUGUUUUACCCAUUUCUCAAAAACUACAGCACCUCAGCACGCAAUAUUUUAAGGGAAGCUUUCUACCAU